AUGAAUAAAUUUUUCCAAAUAUUAGAAUAUUUUAAAAUUGAAUUGUCUAUUAAUUUUAGUAUAACAUUUAUAAUUAUAAAUAUAUUACUAGUUUUCUUCUCUACAUUUUUAUAUAGAAAUAUUAAAAAGGUUAAUGAUCCAGAUUCGUACAAAACUUCAUACGAAAGAAAAGAGAAAGAUUCAACUUUUGAUGAGGAAGAAAAUUUUGAUAUUCUCAAUAUAUUUUCAAAUGAUCCAAAAUCUGUAGAAAAUAUUUACGAAUUAGAAAAUGAUAUAUAUAACAAAAGUGAGGAAAGUAGUAUCUGCAGUAAUCAUAAUAAAAACCUUGAUGAAAAGACUUAUAAAAUAAAUAAAAAAAAAGUUACAAUAUAUUUAAAACUAAAUGAAGGCUUAGAAAAUAUUAAGCAAGAAUUACAUAUAAUAGAUAAAGAACUAAAAAAUAUUUUAAAGAAAGAAGAAAAUCUACAACUUAUAAAUGAAGAAGAAAAUAUAAUAAUUGAAAAAACAAAGAGUGACAAAUAUGAUGAAAAGGAAAAUAAAUCAAAUGAUAACAUAUUAAGUAAAAAACAUGAUGAUGAAAAUAUCAACAAAUCUAAUAUAAGAAAUACCUUGGAUAGUGAACUUAAAAAAUAUGAAUUGUGUAAGGAAAAUAAUCUAUUAUUAGAGAAUCAUAAUAAUAAUGAUAAUAAUCAGGAGGAUAAUAAUAUUUGCGAAAUUGAAAAAAACGAUUACAAUAAUUGUAAUAAUGAUAAUAAGAAUCAUAAUGAUAUUUUUAAUUACAAUUAUGAAGAUAUGUCAUUAGAAAAAGAUAAAAAUAUUCAUCACACCAAUGAAAUAAUAAAAAAUAAUACAUUAUAUAAUACUUUGGAUAGUAUAAAAAAUAAUCGACCUACAGAAGAAAAAACAAAAAAUUUUAAUUAUAAUGAAACCAACAUUUAUGAAGAGAAUAAAAAGUUAAAAGAUAGUAUUGUUCACUCAAAAAAUGGAGAAAAUUUUUUACUUAAGAAUAACGAACAAAAUAUAAAUAAUAAUAUCAUUAAUGUUAAUCAAAAACAAAGUUCUGAUCAUAAAAAGGAAUCAUUUAAAAUAGAUACAAAGAAAAAUGAACAAAAUGGAAAGAAUGAAAAGAAUGACCAGAAUGAAAAGAAUGAAAAGAAUGACCAGAAUGAAAAGAAUGAACAAAAUGAACAAAAUGAAAAGAAUGAACAAAAUGAACAAAAUGAACAAAAUUAUCAUAAUGAAAAGAAUGACCAGAAUAAAAAGAAUGACCAGAAUAAAAAGAAUGAACAAAAUAUUGGACCUAAAAAAACUAAUGAAAUAUCUUAUGAUUCUAUAAAUAUUAAUAUAUCCAAUAAUCAGCAUCCAAAACUAUCAAAUGUUUUAGUAGAAGAUAUAAAAAGAAUCCUACCUAUUUCCAAUAACAAUUUAGAAAACUCUAUAACUGCCAUUAAAAAUAUAGAUGACCCUUCCAAUAGUACGAAACAAGAGUUACAAAAUAGUGAUUAUGAAAAUAUGCAGGCAAAUAAAAAAAUUGAAAAUGGAAUAGAAAGUUUCAUAUGUGAUAUUACAUCUAAUACAAAUAUAACAAGAAAUUCUAUGGACAUACCUAAUAUAAUGGACAGAAAAAAAAGUGAAUAUGAUAAGGAGGUGGAUAAUGUAAGUAUAAAAAAAAAAAGUUACAUAAAUCAUAAUAUGCAAAGGGAAAAUACAAGGGAAGAUCCUUCUAACAAUAUGGAUUAUACGAACAAAAGUACGCGUGACUCUAAUGAUAUAGAAAAUGAAAAUAAAAUGGAAAGAUGCACAAAUAUUUUAGGUUUAGAUAAAAGAGAAACUGUCAUUAAAAUAAAUGACAUUAACAAAAAUAAUAAACAUACUAAUGGUAUUAAAUGUGAGGAUAAAAGGAAAAGUACUUCUAUUUAUAUGGAAGAUAUAAACAAUAGUACAAAUUAUCUUAAUAAUAAAGAAUAUAAUAGUAAAGGGGAAAAUAAUAACAAUAUUUUAGGUGCUGAUAAAAGAGAAAGUACUUUUAAAAUAUAUGAUAUACAAAAAAGUGAGUAUAAUUCGAAUGAUUUACAAUAUGAGAAUAAAAGGGAAAAAACUUCUAUCAAUAUGGACAAUAUGAAUAAAAAUAAUGUUGAUAUUAAUAAUUAUAUAAAUGUUGAUAAUACAAAGGAAAAAACUUCUAUUAAUCUGGAUAAUGGGAACAAAAAUAAUGUUGAUAUUAAUAAUUAUAUAAAUGUUGAUAAUACCAAGGAAAGGACUUCUAUUAACCUGGAUAAUGGGAACAAAAAUAAUGUUGAUAUUAAUAAUUGUAUAAAUGUUGAAGAUAAAAGGGAAAGAUAUUCCCAUAUUUUAAACAUUAAUAAACGAGAAAGUAUUAUUAAAAUUAAUGAUAUGAAAAAAACUAAGAGCGAUUCUAAUGAUAUAAAAAUAAAUGAUAAUAAAACGGAGAUGUAUUCUAAUAUUUUCGAGAUUAAUGAAAACGAAAGAACAUCUAUUAAAGUAGACAAUGUGAAAGAAAAUAAAAUUGAUAGUAAUGAUAUAGAGAAUGGUAAUAAAAUAGAAAGGCAUUCCAACGUUUUAUAUAUUAAUCCAACAAAAUUUGAUCCCAUAAAAAUAAAUGAUAUUAAUAAGAAAGGAGGAAGAUACUAUGACAAUAUAGAAAAUGAAGACAAAAGAGAAAUUUAUACUAAUAAUGACGAAGAUAUGGAUAAACGAGAAAGUAAUACUAACCAUAUUUAUAUAAAUAAAAAGGAAAGUUAUUUGGAAAAUAUAAAAGAUGUGAAUAAAAACGAGAGUUAUGGGAACAAUGUAAAAGAUGUUAUUAAAAAGGAAAGCCCUCUUAACAAUGUUGAAGGUACGGAAAAAGAGGAAAGUGAUACUAAAAAUAUAGAAAAUGCGAAUAAGGAAGAAUAUGAAUCAAACGAAGAAGCAUACGUAAAUAAAAUGGAAGUGGAUUCUAACGAUAUAGAAAAUAUUAGUAAUAGAAAAUAUGAUUAUAAACAAGGACAAUAUUUAAAUAAAGGAGAAAAAUACAUUAACAAUAUAGAUAAUGUUAGUAUAAAGGAGAGUUAUUAUAAUAAGAGAGAAAAAGAGAGUAUUGAAAUAAGUAAUUUAAAUAAACGAGAAAGUUGCACUAGUAAUAUAGACAAUUUUAGAAUACGAGAAAAUCAAUCUAACAUGGUAGAAUAUGAAAAUAAAAGAAAAAGCGAUAAUAUUGAAAUAAAUAAUUUGAAUAAAGCAGAUAUUUAUGUUAACAGUAUAAAAAAUGUUAGUAAAAGAAAUAGUUCUUAUAACAAGAAGGAACGAGAUAGUAAAAGAGAGAGAGACAUUGUAUAUGAUGAGAAUAGAAGGAAAAGUAGUGCUUAUCAAAUUAAUGAUAUAUAUAAUAUAAGAGAUAAAAGCAAAGAGAGAAUUGACAUGGAUACUAUUCAAAAUAUGGAUAAAAGGAAAAGUUAUGUAGAUAAUAUACAUAUUACAAAUAAAAAAUAUAGUGAUACGAAUAAUGCAGAAGAUAUUAUAAGAGAAAAAAAAUAUGAAGAUUAUAAUAUAAGUGUUAUGUAUAAUAUGUAUAAUAAGAGAGAUCAAAAAAAAGAGAGUAAUAUUAAUAUUUAUAAGGAUAAUAAUGUUAGACGAAGUACUAUUAAUAAGAUGAAUGAUGAGAACAAUAUGCACAAUGUAAAAAAUGAAAUUAAAAAUAUUGAUAAUAAUAACAAUGUGGAUAAAAUAAAUGUGAAUAAAAGUAAUACGGAUAAAAGCUAUAUGGAUAAAAGAUACAUGGAUAAUGAAUAUAUGACAGAUAAUAUAAUUAAAAAAAAUGAUAAAUAUAAUAAUAAUAAUAAUAAUAAUAAUAGUGAUGUUGUUGAAUAUGUAAAUGAAAGAAAACACACAUCUCUUAUUAACGAACAUUAUUUAUAUGAAAGAAAGAGUAACGUAUAUAACAUAAAGGAUAUUAAUAAAGGAGAGAAUGAUAUAUUAUAUGAUGUAUAUAAUAAUAGUGAAAAAAAAAAUACAAAAAGUAGUUUAUAUAGAAAGCCUGAAAUUAUUACUCAAGGGGAAAAUGAUAAUAUAAAUAAUAUGAAUGAACAUAUAAAUAGUUUAAAUAAAGUUUAUCGUAUUAGUAAUAAAAAAAGUAAUAAUAAUUAUAAAGGACACGAUUAUACAUAUAUAGUAAAUGAAAAUGGUGGAAGAAAUUGUUCUAUGUAUAAUAAUAUAAAUAAUUUAGAUAAUAUGAAUAAAAAAGAAUGUGAUUUUAUUAAUGAUAAAGAAAAUAUAAAUAAACGAAUAAGUGAAAUAUAUGACUUACGUCAAAUAAAUCAUAAUGAAAGUAAUAUAGAGAACAUGGAACAUAUAGAAAAUAUAGAAAAUAUAGAAAAUAUAAAAAAUAUGAAACAUAUAGAAAAUAUAGAAAAUAUAAAAAAUAUGGAAUAUAUAAAAAAUAUGGAAAAUAUAAAAAAUAUGGAAAAUAUAAAAAAUAUCGAAAAUAUAAAAAAAAACAUAGAAAAUAUAAAUAACAAAAGUAGUUUAAUGGUAAAUUCUAAUAAUAUUAAUGAAAACAUAAAAAAACAAAGUGAUAUUUAUAAAAUUGAAUGUGAUGAUGAUCAUAUGUGUGAUGUAACUAAAAUUAAAGGUGUAGAUAAACAAAUGAGUGAUACACAUAAAAUUAAAUAUGAUGAUAACGAAAAAAAUAAUGAGAAUAAAAGGAAAAGUGGUAUAAAUAAAGUUUUUGAUAUUAUUAAAAGAACAAUGGAUUCUUAUAAUAUUUAUAAUUUAAGUAAAUGUAAAAUUGAUGAAGACAACAUAUAUAUGUUGAAUGAGAAAAAAAAGAACAAUAUAAAUAAUAUGAAUAAAAGGAAAAGUGAAAAUACAUAUAAUAUAAAUGAAAGAGAAAAGGAUGAUAUGAAUAGAAGAAUGACUGAAAAUACAUAUAAUUUCAAUAAAGAAAAAAAUAUAAGUGUACAUAAUAUUAAAAAUAUACAACCAUACAAUAUAAAUAAUAAUAUAUAUGAAAAAACCAAUAAUACAAUCGAUAAUUUAAAUGAAACAGGAAAAAACAAUACGAAUGAUAUAAGUAUAAAAGGAAGUGAUAAGCAUAAAGAAUAUAAAUUUUAUGAUAAUGAAAAUAAAGAUAAUAUAAGUAUGAUAAUAAGAGAUACAAUGAAUAUGUCUAAUGUAAAUAAUAAUAUAAGUGAUAAUAUGAAAAUGGUCAUUCACAAGGAAGAAAAAAAUAUACAUAAAAUGAAUAGAAAAAUAACAUAUACAAAUAAUUUAUAUAAUAUAAAUGAAAGAAAAACUGAAUAUACUAUUAAUAUAAAUGAACAAGAAGAAAAAAGUGAUUUUAUAAAUAAUAACAAUAUAAAAAUGGAUAAUGAAGAUAAAGUAUAUAAUUGUAACGAAAGAAACAAUCAUAUACAUAAAGAAAAUAAAAGAAAUGAUAUUAAGUAUGAUAAUUUUAAAAAGGAUAACAUAAGAAAAAAUAUGGAUAACACGAAAAAUAUAGAAAAUGUUAAUAAUAUGAACAAUAUAGAUAAUAUGGAUAAUACCAAACAUAUAGAAAAUAUUAAUAAUAUGAAAAAUAUAGAAAAUGUGAACAAUAUAGAAAAUAUUAAUAAUAUGAAAAAUAUAGAAAAUGUGAAUAAUAUGAACAAUAUAGAUAAUAUGAAUAAUACGAAACAUAUAGAAAAUGUGAAUAAUACGAAACAUAUAGAAAAUGUGAAUAAUAUGAACAAUAUAGAUAAUAUGGAUAAUACCAAACAUAUAGAAAAUAUUAAUAAUAUGAAAAAUAUAGAAAAUGUGAAUAAUAGGAGCAAUAUAGAAAAUAUGAAUAAUAUGAAAAAUAUAGAAAAUAUGAAUAAUAUGAGCAAUAUAGAUAAUAUGGAUAAUACGAAACAUAUAGAUAAUAUGGAUAAUACGAAACAUAUAGAAAAUAUUAAUAAUAUGAACAAUAUAGAUAAUAUGAAUAAUACGAAACAUAUAGAAAAUAUGAAUAAUACGAAACAUAUAGAAAAUGUGAAUAAUAUGAACAAUAUAGAUAAUAUGAAUAAUACGAAAUAUAUAGAAAAUAUUAAUAAUAUGAAAAAUAUAGAAAAUAUGGAUAAUACGAAAAAUAUAGAAAAUAUGGAUAAUAUGAAUAAUAUGAACAAUAUAGAUAAUAUGAAUAAUACGAAAUAUAUAGAAAAUAUGGAUAAUAUGAACAAUAUAGAAAAUAUGAAUAAUAUAAAUAAUUAUAAUAAAAUUUAUGAUGUUAAUAUAAUUAAUAAUAAAAAUUAUGACAGUACAAAUAAUGAACUAUACGAAAAAGACAAUCAAGAAGAAAAUAAAAAUAUAUGCAAUGAUAAAUUAGAUAAUUCAAUUAAUGAGAAAACAAAAUAUAUGAAAACGUUAAGAGAAUAUUUUGUUAAGAGUGAAAAAGAAAUAGAAGAUCAAAAAAAAAAUAAUAUGAAUGAUAUGUAUACAAUAAGAGAAGAAGAAAAAAUAAAAGACGAUGAAGAUUGGAAAUUAUAUGAUUUCAAAAACCUCAAGGAAAAAUAUAAAUUUCAAAUGAAUAUGAAAGAUAGUGAAAUAAAUCAAUUACAAAAUAAUUUAAUAGAUGAAUUUAAAGAAUUAAAUGAAGUAUCCAAAUUAAAAAAUAACAUAAAAGGAAAAAUAUACAAUUCUAAUAUAGGAGAAGAAAUGUUGGAAGAAAAUAAGGAAAGAGAACAUGGAAAUUAUGUAGGUGAAUAUUUUGAUAGGAAUGAUAUGAUUUUAAAAGAGCGCAUAUUUGAAUAUGCCAAACAUAAGACAAGCAUAGAUAUGUUAAAGCAUUCCGAUGAUAUAAAAAGAAACUCGAAGGACCUCAAAAAGUGGAAGUCUCAGGUCAUAACUAAGAAAUACGCGGAUGACUGGCUCUCAUCAGACGUCUUGUUAUCUUGUUUUUUAAACUUUAUAAAAUUAAAAAAAUAUGUUAAUAUAACAGAAUUAUCAGUGAAAUUUCAAACUACCACCGACGAUAUCAGGGAAAAGCUCGAGGAACUUGAAGAACAAGAUAUGAUAAAUGGGGUGUUAGAUGAAAAAGGAAAUUAUAUUUAUUUAUCACAAGAAGAAAUUAAUAAAUUAUGUUUUGAAAUUCAAUCCAAAGGGAAAGUGAAUACGCAUGAUGAUUUUGUAAAAAUUUGCAACAAGGUGAUAUCGUUAAGUGUUAAUGAUAAGGACAUGGAAAAGUUAAAGGAAGAAGAAGAAAAAAUAAUUAAAGCUAAAACAGAAAUAUUUUAA